AUGUCGGAGGAGGAAAAGACUCCCACUCCCACCAAACCCUCCGCUGUAGCGUCUAACAGCCCCCGCGCCGAGUCGCCGACUACUGCGCGACCCUUGGACUUUGACGAUGACCCUCAGGAUCAUAAUGCUCAGUCCAGCGCUGCCGCGACUGCCCAACAAAGUGCUCAACAAACUGCCACCGAGGCUCCCCCGGCUGCCCAAGCUGCCCCGCCGAAGCCACCCCGGCCUCUGGGCCCGAGAGAGCAGUCGGAAAUUACACUCAGGGAAGCUUUCCCAAGUGUUGAGCCCGGUGUGAUCAAGGCUAUUCUUACGGCGAGCAAUUGGAACGUCGAGCGGGCAUUUAAUGCACUCCUUGGCAUGACCGACCCGACGGCGCAAGAAGAUAUGGUUCCUCCCCCGAAACCUCCCCGCCCGUCCCAACAGCCUACAUCUACCACUCAAAGACAAUUAGAGUCCGACGAAAUGUAUGCGCGUCAACUCGCAGAGCAUUACAAUUCCUCAGGCCGCCGAGCACCUGCCCCUGGGUGGGAGAACGAUCCGCGGUAUCUUCAGCCCAGAGGAAGCGAGGAUUCCGAAGAAAAAGACUACAAUUUCUUUGACGAUGAUCUGCCCGCUAUUCGUGAGAACCUUCGAAAGGGAUUCCUGGAGACACAGUCCAAGGUCAAUUCGUGGGUCACCAAUCUGAAGAAGAGAAUUGACGGCGAAGAUUUGGAAGAGGAGCCUCGUCAAAACUAUGAGCAGCCUUCGCCUUAUGGACGCCCACGACGCAGUGGUGAUAUGGGCCGUCGCAGUGGAGAUCGUGAGCGCUAUGAUGCCGAUCCGCAUGUGCUGAGCGAUGAUUUCUCUGCUCUUGAGCUGAGGGACUCUGAAGGUAAGCUUUUUGGUCUGAUGUUCACGGGCAAUAUUAACGUGACGCUAGCUCCCCCGCCCCGUCCUCCUCGUCCGGGGACCCAGAACCUGCAGAUGAAAUCCUCGCCCUCGCCUGAUAGGCGAAAGGUGUCCUUCCAGGAUGGCCCGCCCACUGAAAUUGACACCGGCAACCGCACCUCCUCAGCAGGAAAGUCUAGCAAGUGGCAGCCCUUGGCCACUGUUGAGCCGUCCCCCGUCGCUGAAAACGACCCCUUCAGCCUCGGAGACAGCGAUGAUGAGAAGGAGACCAAAGCUCAGGAGCUGACCAACCUGCCUGAGAGCGAACAGCUGAAGAAGGCCACCGAGGAAGCCAUGUCCGGCGAGAUUGGCUCUUCCAAGGACAAGAAUGGCAAGACUGAGGAGUCUUCGAAAUAA